AUGACGCCGCUGUCGUCCGGCGUCCUCCUGAAUCUCCUAGACGGCAUGAAGACCGGCGUUGCCAAGCCCGUGGCCGUGGGAGAGCAUCGGACAGCGGUGCUGCAGGUGAUGGACAUCUUUCCGGCGGAGGUGGAGGAGGACCUGUUGCCCACGCACGGCAAGGUCUACGUCAGGGUCUCCGAGGCCUCUCACUCUAUGUACGUCAUGCGCCCGCUGGCGCAGGCCGAUUACGUGCUCUCCAACAAGCUCCAAAUCGGCCAGUACGUCCACGUCGACCGCCUCGACCCGGCCUACCCCGUCCCCGUCAUCGUCGGCGCCAGGCCGCUCCCGGGCCGCCACCCGCUAGUCGUCGGCACGCCCGAUCCGGCCGCGAGGGCCAAGCUCGCCUCGCCGCGCAGGGGGUCCUGGAGCUCCGAGCAGAACGCCGCCAUCAAGCCGACCAUGCUCAACUUCGACGGCGAGAGGACGCUGGUCAAGGAGCGGCCGGCCUUGUCGACUCCGGUCAGGGAGCGCGGGGCUGCGGCGACGCCUGGUAGGGAGUGGGGCGUCGCGGCGUCGCCGGCGCUGAGCUCUGUUUUGAAGAGGAAGAGCAGCAGCGUGCAGCCCAGGCUGCCCAGGAGCAAGAGCUUCGCCGCGGACAGGGACCAGCAGCAUCCCAGAAUCCCCAAGAGCCCAUUCCCCACUGAGAAGAGCACGGGGAGCUGCACAGCUGCUCGCGAGCCAGUGAAGGGGAAACUCAGUCUACUCGGGAAGGACGUAACCGAGCAGAGAGAGCGGGCGCAAAAGGUUGCCCAGGAGGUGCAAAAGGCUGCCCAGGAGCAGGAGGCGCAGAAGGCUUGCGUGGUGACCGUCAACGUGGCUAGGAUCUACAAGUAUGAUGUUCUAAGAGCUGAGCAAGACGGCGAGUCCGGAAGCGCCGGCCACCUGUUUGGACAGCUUCCACCAGGAGGCCGUUCAGGCCGUCACCGACAUCGAGUCGAUUCAGGCGGCCACCUCGGUGGCCGUGGCCGUGGAGGCGUCGGCUGCGGUGGCGUGUCCAAGUCAGUGUCCUUCGCGCCCGGCACGUUGGACCCGAAGCAGGAUGAUGGCGGCGGCAAGGCCAUCUGGAGCUCGAGUGCCAGCAGGAAGUGCCUCGCCAUGGACAAGAUCGGCGAAGACGGUGGCGACGAGAAGAGAUCAUCUUCUUCUGCUCCUUCCUCUGCCACCACCACUGCACACUCUGCUCUGGGGUCCUCGCUGAAGCUGGCCAAGCAGAUACAGGCCGAAGCAGGCAUUUGGUUCAUGGACUUCCUGGAGACCGCGCUGGAGACUGGGCUGAAGAAGAGCAAGGCGUCUGCCAUGGGUGACGGACGGAAGCAAAGCAGCUGCUGUUGCCCGCAGUCGUUGAUGCCGCGGGUGAUCAACUGGGUGGAGAUGGAGCAGAGCGGUGGUGGCAGCAGUGGCCGGAAGACUGCCCACCCAAGAGCUGCGGCCGUCGCGCGGAAGCUCAGAAUCAAGGCCAAGAACCCCUCCUGA